AUGCCUGAAUCAAUUGCCCUGACAAUUAUAAUCGUCAUACUCGUCACUGCAGACAUUGUGGGGAAUUCACUUGUCUGUUUGAUUGUGAAAAAGCAUAGAGAUAUGAGGACUCCCAUAAAUUACCUGCUAGUGAAUCUGGCUGUGGCAGAUAUCAUGUUUGCGACUUUUCUGGCGCCAACAGUAAUAUUCAGCCUCGCUUUAGAUCAUCCAGAUGGCACUACUGGUUCCGUGUUAUGCAAAUUAGUGACUGGUGGAAAUGUGGCAUGGAUAGGAGGUGCGUCAUCUAUUGUCACCCUCGUCAUAAUCGCCAUAGAACGUUAUUACGCAGUCGUACAUCCCUUUGAAAGUCAAAGAAAACUUAGCAAGCGUAGACUGAAGCUAAUUAUCCCGUGUUCUUGGACAUUCUCUUUAAUUCUUACCACCCCUUUAUUUCUGGUAAGAAAUAGGAAGGGCAAUUCUUGUGAACAACGGUGGCCUGAGGAUUGGAUGGCUAAGGCUUAUAGUUCGGUUUGGUUAGUCUUAAUAAUAAUUACUUUGGCGUUAAUGGUUGCCUUAUACACCAGAGUUGUGAACGCUUUGUGGUGCGAACAGGACAAUUCACCAACCAACAUACAGAAGGGCGUCAUGAAGAGCCGCAAACGUGCUACCUUUAUGGUAGUUACGGUUAGUUUUCUCUUUGGAAUUUGCUGGGGAACAGAAUCAGUAGAAUUUUUCUUGAGAGCAUAUACAUCGCUUGACAUCAGUUCUCUUCACGUGGCUAUAGCUGACACAAUGGUUGUGUUUAAUUCGGCACUUAACCCGUUUAUAUUCGCUCUCAUGAAUCAUCAGUUCAAGGAAAAGAUAAAACGGAUGUUCAUCUGUGACAAUCCCACGAUGGCACGAAUUCAUGCCGCUGAAAACCUCAAAAUGAUUCAACUUAACAAACAACCAACCAACAAUAUCGCCACCCAGUAUUUAUCGCAUUCAAAUUUUCCUUGAAGGAGAAAGACGUUAUGCUAAAAAGUAAAACACUCAGAGCUCUGCUGUCCUAUUUUAAGGAGAGCAUUCUAGGCUAAAACGCUAGCAGUGCUUGAUUCCGGUUGGCUAGUUUCCCUCAUGUUCCCUCGAAUUCCUAGUUUGAUUUCCAAGAAACACAAGGAAAUGUACUGUAGAUGUAAUUGAGUAAAGAA